AUGUCGCAGCUGGUGGAGUGUGUUCCUAACUUCUCCGAGGGGAACAACAAGGAGAUCAUCGAGGCCAUCUCCCAGGCCGUGGCCCAGACGCCGGGCUGCGUGCUGCUGGACGUGGAUGCGGGUCCGUCCACCAACCGCACUGUCUACACAUUUGUGGGGCGGCCUGAGGAUGUGGUGGAGGGAGCACUCAAUGCCGCCCGGACCGCCUUCCAGCUCAUCGACAUGAGCAGGCACAAAGGGGAACACCCCAGAAUGGGCGCCCUGGACGUGUGUCCCUUCAUCCCUGUGCGGGCCGUCACCAUGGAAGAGUGCGUGCUGUGUGCCCAGGCAUUUGGGCAGCGCCUGGCAGGAGAGCUGGGUGUGCCAGUGUAUCUCUAUGGAGAAGCAGCACGGACGGCCAGCCGCAGGACCCUGCCGGCCAUCCGUGCCGGGGAGUACGAGGCCCUCCCAGAAAAGCUCAAGCAGGCCGAGUGGACACCUGACUUUGGACCCAGCACCUUUGUCCCCAGCUGGGGGGCCACGGUCACGGGGGCACGAAAGUUCCUUGUCGCCUUCAACAUCAACCUGCUCAGUACCAAGGAGCAGGCACACCGCAUUGCGCUCAACAUCCGGGAGCAGGGCCGCGGGAAGGACCAGCCAGGACUUCUGAAAAAGGUUCAGGCCAUUGGCUGGUACCUCGAGGAGAUGAACCUGGCCCAGGUGUCCACAAACCUGCUGGACUUUGAGGUCACAGCGCUGCACACAGUCUAUGAGGAGAUCUGCAGGGAAGCCCAGGAGCUGAAUCUUCCGGUGGUGGGCUCACAGCUGGUGGGGCUGGUGCCUCUGAAGGCCCUCCUGGAUGCCGCAGCCUUCUACUGUGCCAAGGAGAAGCUGUUCAUCCUGGAGGAGGAACAUCGGAUUAGGCUGGUGGUGAACCGGCUGGGCCUGGACUCCCUGACCCCCUUCAACCCAAAGGAGCGGGUCAUUGAGUACCUCGUCCCUGACCGUGAGUCUGAGCAGAGCCUGGUGGACAAGCCCCUGUGCGCCUUCAUCCGGGAGGUGGGCGCCCGCUCAGCAGCCCCAGGGGGCGGCUCGGUGGCGGCGGCCAGUGCAGCCAUGGGUGCAGCACUCGCUUCCAUGGCCGGAUUGAUGACCUAUGGCCGGCGCCAGUUUGAGCAACUGGACGCCACCAUGCGACGCCUGAUCCCCCCGUUCCACACAGCCUUGGCUGAGCUGACGGCGCUGGUAGACAAGGACGCCCGGGCCUUUGAGGGCUACCUGGAGGCAAUGAAGAUGCCCAAGGGCACCCCGGAGGAGCGAGACAGGCGCACAGCGGCACUACAGGAGGGACUGCGACGCGCUGUGGGUGUGCCCCUCAGUCUGGCAGAGAAGGUGGCCUCCCUGUGGCCAGCACUGCAGGAGCUGGCCCAGCAUGGGAACCUGGCCUGUCGUUCGGACAUGCAGGUGGCGGCCAAGGCCCUGGAGACAGGCGUAUUUGGUGCCUAUUUCAAUGUGCUCAUCAACUUGAAGGAAGUCACUGACCAGGAGUUCAAGGAGCAGGUCUGCCAGCGUAUCUCCAGCCUCCUGCAGGAUGCACAGACCCAGGCUGCCCUGGUGCUGAACCGCCUGGAGGCCCGGCAGGAGUGACCCCACCCCCGCUAGAGGCAGGAGUGACCCCUCCUGACAGAUACCAGCCUGGUGGGGCAGGGAGUGGGAUC